ACUGUCACCAAAAAAUGCAACCAAACUCUUUACCCACUUUCACAGCGAUGGUAAAGCAAAGCAUUAUGGGAGCGUGAGUCCCUCUCGCGGAAUUUCUCCAUUUUUGGUUGCUAUGGCUGAGGUGUGCCAGAACUACAUUUCCCAGAGUGCCAUUUUCUGUACAUUGGCUCAUGUUAUACAUGGGGGAAUAUGAGAGCGGCGGAGGAACCGAAAGCGACAGCAGAAUCCCUGGCGAUAAGUAUAACGAGAAAUAGUGGUCGUAAAAUGGGGAAAUCCAAUGCCAAAUAACUCAGAACAGGCUGUCGUAAAAGGAAAAUAGUAUUUUGGUGUUCUGUUUUUUUAUAUCUAUAAAUUUGGCGUGGACUGGGGUAAGGCACCUCCCUGCCCGCUUUGCGCCGGGGUGUGUGCGUGUUUUUCGGUUAGGCUUCAUCGCAUCACCGCGCUGCAGUGUGUUACUGGAGCCGAACUGAGGUGCCACGCCGCCGGUUACAGCUGCUCUGCGCCGUCCGCCGAUACUAUGUCAAAAACAGAGAGAGACAAAGUAACACUGCGAAUCAAUCCUCCUGAGCUAUGCAAUGAAAAAAAUGUCAACUUUGCUCUCUAACAGCUGUGAUUUGUAGCCAUAAAGAAGUGCAAGUGUGCCGAACAAUAUAGGGGAGCGAUUUUUGUGCCUGUUAUUAAAAAGCAGCCUUGAAGAGCAGCGCAAUAGGCAGCCCGCAUGGAACGAGCAGGAAGCAUCCAACUUGAUAUUCCGGACUUCAGCAACUCCGUCCUGUCGCAUCUGAACCAGUUGCGAAUACAGGGCCGUCUAUGUGACAUCGUGGUCAAUGUUCAGGGCCACAGUUUUCGUGCCCACAAGGUGGUCCUUGCCGCCAGCUCCCCCUACUUUAGGGACCACAUGUCACUGAGCGAGAUGAGCACCGUCUCCAUAUCAGUGAUCCGCAACCCAACUGUGUUCGAGCAGCUCCUUUCAUUUUGCUACACGGGACGCUUGUGCUUGCAGCUCGCCGAUAUCAUCAGUUACCUGACGGCUGCCAGCUUCCUUCAGAUGCAGCACAUUAUUGACCGUUGCACCCAGAUUUUAGAGGGAAUACACUUUAAAAUCAGUGUGUCAGAUGUGGAAGAGGAGCUUGGGAAUGGGGCCCACAGGACCGCCAACCCAACCAUUGAGUCAGGAAGAGGUGGGACCGUGUUAGGUGGGUCCCGCUCCCUAAGUCCCAGACAUACCAGUUCCCGAUUGAUUGGCAACACUGGAGUGAUCAGCAUCCGUGAUGUGAGGGAAGUCAGAGAGAUCAGUCCCCCUGGGGAGUCCAUGAGCCCCCAGAUAGUGGAGCACAGUGGCAUUGGCUCGGAGGAGGUGGGAACUGGGAAAGAGCCCAUUCUCCGUAUUAACCGAGCCGGGCAGUGGUAUGUCGAGACUGGGACUGAGGUGGAGAGAGGUGGAGAGGAGAACGUGCAGAUGGUGGAUGGGUUUCGGAUUAAGACGGAAAGGAUGGAUGAGUGGAUGGGGGCGGAGACCCAGGCAUCAGCGGAGGAGGGCAGUGGGGCCGAGGAGGGGCCGACAGUGAUGAUUGACACCUCAGGACGUAGCACACUGGUGCAGGAAGGAAGAAGAGGUGGGAAAAGCUCCCAGCCGUCCAGUAGCUUCAGUGAAACAGAGAGGUUUAGUCCAACAGGAAGUGUGGUUGUGAUGGGUGAUCGCAAGAGAGCCAAGAGUGAGUCUCCAGGAAGAGUUGACGAUCAGCGACACCCCACCUCACAGGGAGAGGAACAAGCCGUGUUUGACAUGGGGGGAUACGAGGAGUACCUUCGAGAACAAGUUGGUGACCGGUGGUUCCGCUACAACCCCCGUCUCACCUGCAUUUACUGCUGCAAGUCCUUCAACCAGAAGGGCAGCCUAGAUCGCCACAUGCGCCUGCACAUGGGCAUUACCCCCUUCGUUUGCCGAAUCUGUGGGAAGAAGUACACCCGCAAGGACCAACUCGAGUACCACAUCCGUAAACAUACAGGUAACAAGCCCUUCCAUUGCCACGUCUGUGGGAAGAGCUUCCCGUUCCAGGCAAUCCUCAACCAGCACUUCCGCAAGAACCAUCCAGGCUGCGCCCCACAGGAGGUGUCCCACAGUGUCUCACCCGAGACCACCACGGUCACCUCCCGUGGAGGCCAAAAUGAAGAUGAGUCACCCUCCCAGGAGGAUGCCGAGGGCAAUGGUGGAGGGGGAGGUGCUGGCUCAUCCUUCGGAGAAGGGGUCCAACCUUCGGUAUCUACCACUGGGCCCGACUGAAAGGCUUUGUAGGAAAACGUUACAAGUUUAGGGAGACACAGGACAGAGGGGUCCAACAGGACCUUCUCUUUAGAGUUCCCUCUGUCCUUUGUCUCCCGCCAUCCACACUGAUAUUGCAAGUUGGAAGGAGUUGAGUGAGCAGGAGUUUCUCUCAGCUGCUGUCAAUGAGGAACGGAUAAAAUAAGGGAGAGUCUUCUGCGUCCUACUCGGACAGAGAACCUCUAUUUUUUCCAGUGAGAACAAAGAUGCAAGGAACAAUUUGUUUGGAAUAGUAUUCUCUAGGGAUUUAUAAAUGGUAUUUCCGCUUUAAACCGCAUCUACCUUCACCAUACAAACUGAACAGGACAUCAAUAUAUGAAGACAAGCCACACUCCAACAACCUCACACACCACUGGAUGCAGUGAUUUUUGUUUGCUUUUUUUCUUUUUAGUCUUUCCUGUCUUUUAUAUGUUACAUUUUUUUGUAUUUUUGUACUACUACAGAUCUUUCAGGAUAAACUAAAAGAGAAGAUCUAGCUAUGAUUUGGUCAGAUUGCAUCGAAAUUGCCAAACUUCUCUGUGCCAGAAGAUGAGUUAUAAAAUGAGAGGACAUCGUUGUCCUUCGCUACUUUGCCUUGAGACAAUCUUGAUAAAUGUGGGGCUAGACUCUGCACUCCCCAGCCAUGGCAAGCUUAGGAAAACGGGUUCAGUUUUUUUAUUAGGGACCCUCAGGUCUGACCUAACAUCAGAUUCUUGAUUUAUUUUUUGUUUUGUGUUAAGUGCUGAUCCGGCCUGCCAUAGAACCGAAACACAUUGCUCACAGUUAGCCUCAACGCAAGUUCUAGGACUUGGGGUUUGUAACGAGAAACAUUCACAUCAUAUUAUUUUACUUUAAUGUUGGUGGAAAUACUGUGAUAUAGCCACACUGCUGAAAAGACAAAGGAAGAGUAUAGCAGUGACAUAUGUAUUUUUCACAUUUAAUUACCAUUAAAGGGAUAGUUCACCCCAAAAUGAAAAUUAGAUGUUUAUCUGCUUACCCCCAGGGCAUCCAAGAUGUAGGUGACUUUGUUUCUUCAGUAGAAUACAAAUUCAGAUUUUUAGCUUUAAUUGAUAAAGUCUCUCAGUCGUACAAUGCAUGGCAAAUGGCAACAUAAUCUAUGAGAGUACAAAAAACAUGCACAGACAAAUCCAUAUUAAAGUCUACGGCUCGUGACGAUACAUUGAUGUGUAAAGACACAAAACGAUUGGUGUCUGAACUGUAAGAAUUCUUGUGAACCCGCUUCACAGCAGCAGGCACGUGAGGCAUUCUUCUUCUUCUUGCUUUAUGGCGGAUCGCAGAUUUAUAAGUGCAUUACCACCACCUAUCUCUCAAGUGGACCAUUGACUAAUUGAGAUUGUAGAUAGAUGCCAUAUUCCAGGCAGCCCGUAACCCAUGUUUUUCCAACCUUCUACCCGUGAAAGUGCACUGGAACAGCAGUCAAACCCGUGACUUCCCAACAAGUGUACCACUUGUUUAUGCAAGUGGUACACAUUGAAAUUAUUUUAGGGCAAUAUAACAUUGCAAUAAAAUUAAUAAUCUAGUUACAGUUCCUUGCACUCAGGAAGUUCGGUGUGACUUGCCUGGAACGCUACAAAAUGCUGUUCAGUUUCUUGCACAAACUGAUCAUUUUGUGUCUUUACACAUCAAUGUAUUGUCGUGAGCCGCAGGGCUUAAUAUGGAUAUGUCUGUGCAUGUUUUAUUUACUCCCAUAGAUUCUGUUACCAUGCAUUGUACGACUAAGAGACUGUGAUGACUAAAGCUAAAAAUCAUAAUUUGUGUUUUACUGAAAAAACAAAGUCACCUACAUAUUGGAUGCCAUGGGGGGUAAGCAGAUAAAAAUCUAGUUUUAAUUUUUGGGAGAACGAUCCCUUUAAGGCCUUCUUACAUCUCCGAACUCAACAACUCAGCUGCUGAAUGUUGGCGAUACAGUGAUAUAAAAUACAGGAAAUCCUUCAACCUCAAAUAAGCUACAAUAGACCGCUCAAUUACCUCUCUCUCACAUCACUACGCAAUACCGAUCUGUCGCACGCAGAUGCGUGGAUGCACUCAGCCGAAUUUUAUGUUCAGUGUUUAUUUCUCUUCAUACGUUUUAAGUCGCUCAUUGAGAUUCGCAAGUCUCACCAAAUUGUUUUAUGGCGAUAUUUUGUUUGUAAGAAUGUGUUUGAGCAGGGGGAAAGGUGUCCCUCAAGAGGACAUAACCUUCUUCCUUUUUUGUGUAAGGCAGUGACGAACCAAAACACGGACUUGGUCGUCGAUGCUGUUUAGGAAAACAGAAACCGUAUGUCUGUGAUGACUGGGAAAUGCCGAAAUGCCACGGAAUGACUUUGAGUGUAAGAUUUCCCUUCAUCUGAUGGAAGGCACUUUAACCUUGGGGUCAAGUGCCUUUACACUUGGCUUAUGAACAGAUGUUUCCAGCUGGUGCUAUGACGUGAAUUUACUGAAGCUUUCAGUAACCAAAGGAACUGAAAUUAAUUGUGGAAGAUCUUAAACCUUUAAGAUUUCGAAGGGCGAAGAGGAAAAUAAGAGAUUACAUCAGGCACUUAAAGAAAGGGUGGGGGUGUUUUUUUUUUUUUUUUGAGAAUAUUUCUAUAUCUAUAUACAUGUCACUUAUGCAUAUUUAGACAAAUUUAUACUUGUAAUAACUAUUCAGAGACAGUUUCUAGAACGAUCAACAAAAACAAAGGCGUUUUAAGCAAAAGUAAAGCUGUUAUCAUUUUUAAAAGGCUGUGAAUCACACUCGGUUGUGACUGUUUUUUUUUUUAGGGUUGAAGCAUAUAAAAAUCAGCUACUGAUAUUUCCAAUAGGGAUUUUGUGCACCUCACUUCAUAUAAACGCAGGUUAGAACUUACUUUCCCCAUCUGAACACAGGUCAGCAGGUAAACACUUCUUAUAAAUAUCAGGAAUUCACUAUUUACUUUUUGUGUUUACCUUUUUUGGUUUGUACCAAGCGGAUUUUCUUACUUGGAAUUCUGGAUCUGGGUAACUUGGGUCGACAUAUUUCGCAAGCGCAGCAAAAAAAAAGAAAAAAAAAAUACUUAUGAACAUUUCCUCUUAAUGUAAAUACCCAUGCCUCAGAAGCAGUCGCAGUGAAAUACAAUCCUGAAACUGUAUAAUGUCACGUUUGUUGUACAGCGCAGAACCCAGGUAAUAUAAGAGCAUGUUGAUAUUGCUUUUAUUUGUCAAAAUGCAACCUCAUGAUGAUAGAGAAGGGCAAAUGAUUUUGUCUGUAAACAACAUAAUCAUAAUCUAAUAUGUUAUAAUAUAUCAAGAAAAGAUGUUUGUUUUAUGGACUUUGCCUUUAAGUUGAAAUUUAGAUUUGGGGCAUGGGUCUGUUUUGUGUAUGCCAAUCAUAUAAGGGUGAUAGUGACUUAAAUUAUCUCUAUGUGAAUGAAUUAAUUGCAAUUUAAUAACAAGGGAUCUAUAUCUGUAAUCAGUCAUUCCAGUUAUUGUACUACACAUUUUAGCAGUCUAAAUUGAAUCAUAUUAAUUUGGGUUUUAGGGCUAAUGAUAACUUUCAGCAUGUUUUCCCUUUGUGCAUAUCUAUCGUUGACCUUCAAAACAUUGAUGGUUGACCAAGCUGCCUGUUCUCUUAUUUUAAACAAUAUUAUACUUUAAAAUAUUAUGUUUGGCUUUUGUAUUUGUUUCUAAGCUUUAAGUAACAUGGCGGAGGAUAAAUGUGUUGCUACAGUGUAUAUAUUAGGCUGUAAUAUUUAAUGUUUGUAUGACAAUACAUCUACUGCAGUUUAAUGGUUUUGACCGAACAAGUCAUUUCUAACCAAAUUGUGUCUAAUCUUAACAGUGUUACGGAAUGUGUAGUUUCAAAUAGAACGGAACUACUUUUGAAGCAAUAUUUCACCCCAUUUCCAAUUCCAAAAUUGAUUUCAGAUAAAGUGGUGCAGAAUUAUAACACCAUAAUGAACAAAACAACCUCUAAAAAGUUGGAAAACUGAUACCCAAUUGAUUUUCACAAAAAUAAUUUGUAUUCUGGACUUGUAAAACAGUUACCCAUAUUGGCAAAUGUGAUAAAAUUUGUUUCAGAGAUUACAUUUACCUCAUGUUUUUUUUUUUGUGAUAAGUGAUACAGUGCAUGUCUCUACUUAGUAGUUUUUUGGGGGGGAAGACCGAAUGACAACACUGAGCCAUAUCUUCAGAGUUUGUUCAGUCUUGUCACUCUGGAGCAAAUAUUUUGUACCAACGACACAUUUCAGAAUAGGACACUUCAAUGCAAAUAACCGACGUAUAUAUUUCAACACUUAGUCUGUCUGAAUAAGCAAGCAAACAUGAUGCUUUGUCAAAAAAAAGGUGUUUUCUUACCUCAAAAGAGUUUGUACAAGGAAACAAGACAUUGUUGUUCUACUGACCCUCAGUAGAAAUUGUUUAUUUGCAUGUUGUCUUUGACUUUUAUCACGGUCAAACAUAAAGACAUUUCCAGGCAUCUAAAUUUGCACCAAGAGAAGCCAAAAUAUCGACCUUUACGAUUUGUCUCGCUAUAUUGUUUUAUCUUUCAAAAAGCAAUAUAGUCUGUAAAGUUAUUUCCGUGUGUCUGAUGAGAUGUUAAUCACUUUAAUUUAUCAUACUUUAGAAAUAUUUUAUUUGACAUAACCAUGAAAUAAAACGAAAUAUAAUAGCUAUUUUAUUGUUAAAAAAAGUUCCAAAUUCCAAAACAUAAGAAUUAUCUUAGAAAUCAUUUACUCUAAUUUUAAUAGCAAACCAGUUUAUUUAUUGAAAAAGUAAAUGUUAUAAGAAAAUUUAGAAAUUAUAUUCGUAGGUGAUUAAGUAGAAUAACUUCUUUGAAAUUAAUCAGUUUAUAUUUACUUAAUAUUUGAGACUUUUCACAUUUAAAAAUGGUACAGGAAUCAGAAAGAUUAAGCAUUAAUAAUGUGAAUGCCAUUUUCACAAUAACCACUUGUUUUUUUCAUCACUGGCAGUGUGUCAAGUCCAUUCUUCUAAAUAGAAACAAAGCACUUUAAGUGUAACUGUGAAGAAUUUUUAAUUAUGUUCUUUAAAUGUAUAAUUAUGUAAGCCCAGAUUGUGUGAUACUGCUAAACCCAAAU